AUGGCGAAGCCAGAAGCUGCACAAAUAGAAGUCGCCUCUUCGACAGACGACAGCGCCGCUGUCAAAGAAUUCAGCGAUGAGGACAACGAAGUCGGCUUUUCCAAGCCAGAAACAAGUAGGCUGCUGCGCAAGCUUGAUCGCACACUCUUGCCGUUUCUUUCUCUGCUCUACCUGCUUUCUUUCCUGGACCGCGCCAACAUUGGCAACGCAAAGCUCGCCGGUCUCGAAAAGGACCUCAACAUGGAAGGCUACGACUAUAGUAUUGCUGUCGCCAUCUUCUUUCCCUUUUACGUCAUCGCUGAGAUCCCGUCCAACAUGGCCAUGAAGCGCUUCCGGCCGUCCAUAUGGAUCCCCAGCAUCAUGGUCGUGUGGGGGUUCAUGACCAUCAUGCUCGGCGUCGUCAAGUCCUUUGGUGGCCUGCUCACCGUGCGCAGCCUCCUGGGCCUCGCCGAGGGCGGCCUCUUUCCCGGCAUCACCUACUACAUCACCAUGUGGUACCGCCGCCACGAGUGCGGUCUGCGCAUGGCCAUCUUCUUCUCUGCCGCCACGGCGGCCGGCGCAUUUGGUGGGCUGCUGGCGCGCGGCAUCAUGGAAAUGCAAGAUGUCGGCGGCCUGAGCGGCUGGAACUGGAUCUUUAUCCUCGAGGGUCUGGCAACGUUUCUUGUUGCUCUUAUUGCGUACCGCGUCAUGCACGACUAUCCCGAAUCCGUCAAGUUCCUCAACACAGAAGAGAGGACAGAAGUUGUCCGACGCCUCAAGCAAGAUCGAUCUGCCUUAUCGAACGAGUUCAAACUCUCGUUUGCCAAAGACGCUUUCAAAGAUUGGAAGAUCUGGGUGCACAUGUUCAUCACCAUUGGCAUCUACAUCCCUCUGUACUCCGUCUCUGUGUUUCUCCCCACCAUUGUCAAGGGCCUGGGCUAUACGAAUGAAGUCGCACAACUCAUGUCUGUGCCUCCGUAUGCCGUGGCCUGCCUGUUCACCGUCGGUGGAGGGUUCCUGGCCGAUCGCCACGGUCAGCGCGGCAUCUACAUGAUUGGCUUCAAUCUUGUUGCGAUUCUAGGAUUUUCACUGCUGGCUGGCGUCCAAAAUAACGGCGUCAAGUACUUUGCGUGCUUCCUGGUGACAGUGGCGAGCCGUGGGGAUCGCCAUGCAUGUGGGCUUUGGCAACCUCGGAGGUGCGGUGUCGGGGUUCGUGUUUCGUCAAGCUGA